AGGAACAUAGAUCCUGAAGACUGUCUUCACACAUCCGCACUGAACAUCAGCCCUGUUUCUGCAGGUAAUCAAACAUCCGCCGCGUCCUCUCUGUGUUUCAUCUCCAGCAGGUCAUCUUUGGAACUUGUUCAGUUCUGGCAGAAAUGGAUUAGCCGAGAGCGAGACUUCUUUUCCUUCCACACUCUUUUCGUCUCUUUAUUUAUUUCUGUCCCUCACUACCUCACGAUGGUGUCGUGCUCUCCAGCUGUGCGUUUUUGCCAGAAGCUGAAAAGGCUGAAGACGUUCGAGGAGGACAUGAUGGCCACGUCUCUAAGGCGCUGCCUCUCCACACUGGACCUGGCGCUGCUCGGAGUGGGUGCCAUGAUUGGGUCAGGUCUCUAUGUCCUCACUGGAACCGUUGCCAAGGAUUUGGCGGGACCAGCCGUUGUGCUGUCGUUCCUGGUGGCGGGUGUGGCCUCACUCAUGGCAGCUCUAUGCUAUGCUGAAUUUGGCGCACGUGUCCCCAAGACAGGCUCCGCCUACAUGUUCACAUACGUCUCCGUUGGUGAGAUCUGGGCCUUUUUAAUUGGAUGGAAUGUCAUUCUGGAGUAUAUGAUUGGCGGUGCGGCGGUGGCUCGUGCCUGGAGCGGCUACCUGGACUCCAUCUUUGACCACCGCAUCCGGAAUUUCACGGAAAGUCAUGUAAUGCGCUGGAACGCACCUUUCCUCGCCAGGUAUCCAGACUUCCUCGCAGCAGGAAUACUGCUGGUUGCAUCUUUCUUCAUUUCAUUUGGUGUACGUGUCUCGUCCUGGCUAAAUCACAUCUUCUCGAUGGUCAGCAUGAUGGUCAUCGCUUUCAUCCUGGUCUUUGGUUUCGCACUGGCCGAUCCGGCCAAUUGGAGCGCUCGCAAAGGUGGUUUUGCCCCCUAUGGCUUCUCGGGCGUCAUGGCAGGAACGGCCACUUGCUUUUACGCGUUCGUAGGCUUUGAUGUGAUUGCUGCAUCUAGCGAAGAGGCACGUGAUCCCCAGAGGGCUGUUCCCAUAGCAACAGCAAUCUCGCUUGCUCUGGCAUCCACAGCCUACAUCCUGGUCUCGAUGGUUCUGACGUUGAUGGUCCCAUGGAACACACUCGACCCAAACUCAGCGCUCUCUGAUGCUUUCUUCAGGCGCGGGUACAGCUGGGCUGGCCUUCUUGUGGCUGUGGGCUCCAUCUGCGCCAUGAACACAGUGCUGCUCAGCAACCUCUUCUCUCUGCCUCGUAUUGUAUACGCCAUGGCUGAGGAUGGUCUCUUCUUCUCUGUCUUCUCACGUGUUAAUCCUGUGACCAAAGUGCCCGUCAUUGCCAUCUUAGUCUUUGGCAGCCUCAUGGCUUUCCUAGCGCUCAUCUUCGACCUGGAGGCUCUUGUCCAGUUCCUCUCCAUCGGCACACUGUUAGCGUAUACCUUCGUAGCUGCGAGUGUCAUCGUUUUGCGCUUCCAGCCUGAAAAAAAUGGCAGUGCAAAGAAAGAUGUACCAGUGCCCUCGCCAGGUCAACAGAGCAACUCUGAGACCGUGCUCAAGGAGGACAGCAGUGAGCUGAAGGAGUACGAGUCGUUUUCAGAUAAACUGCGCUUGGUGGAGAGGCAGAAGUUACCAGGAGCGCUUCGUGCCCGUUGGGAGCCGUACCUGGGUACCAUAUUGGGAGACUGGGCGCCGGGUGAGGUGGUGGCGUUCAGUGUGUUGGCGCUGAUGGUGAGCGCCGUGUCACUCUGCGCAGUGGCUGUUUUUGGAAAAAGCUACCUGAACCUGCCUAUGUGGAGCUUUGUGCUGUUGCUUGUCAUCUUCAGCCUGGCGUUCCUCCUCAGCCUCAUCGUCAUCUCUGUCCAUGAGCAGCAGAAGAACACCAAGACCUUCCAGGUUCCCCUGGUGCCAUUUGUACCUGGAGCCAGCAUCCUGCUGAAUGUGUUUCUCAUGAUGAAGCUCAGUCCACUCACCUGGCUCCGAUUCAUCAUUUGGGUAGCUGCAGGGCUGUUGGUGUAUUUCGGUUAUGGUAUCUGGCACAGUAAAGAAGGUCUGAAGGAGCCGCAGUGCGUUUCUGCUCGCUACGUGGUUCUGCCCAGCGGGAGUCUGGUGGAAACCGUCCAAAACGUCCAGCCUGAGGGACACACAAACACUCCCACACCCACCACAAACACUCCCACACCCACCACAAACACUCCCACGCCGGCCGUCGAUGACCCACAAGCCAACAGAUGAUCUGUAUCUGUGUGGGAAUGUGUAUUAAACAGGCUAAUUGUGUGUGUGUGUGUGUGUGUGUGAGGGUGUGUAUUUUUAUGCUUCUCCUUUACUGCCAGUCUGUUCUGCCUUUCUGGGGUUCUAGAUUUGGGAUUAUUGGUGCUUUUCAAGGAAGCUCUGAGACCAUAUGGGAAGUAUAGUAUGUCUGUGUGUUUGUGUAGCUGUGACUCGUUGACUUUUGUUGAAUCACUUCCUGUGAUGAUGAUUUACUACUGAGUUUAGCCAAAUAAACAGCAGGACUCAAAAUUCUGAAUCAUUACCAAGAAUUGUUUUUCAGUAACUGUAAUCCAUCGCCCCAUGCAGUGUGUUAAACCAAUUCGGUCACUAUGGCAAGAAAACGACUAGCUAACAUGAUUUCUUCAAGUAGGACAUUUUCUUUGUCAUUCCUUGUUCAGUCUUGCCUUUAAAUUUUCAAUCCGAUCUCACCAGUGGGUUUCUCACACUCGAUAUGAACACGUUUACUCGUAACUCAUUUCCAGGAAUGUUACCACGUUUUUGUGUAAUGUUAGCGAGGAGACAGAAUAAUGCUUCAAAACAUAAUUGUUGAUGAUUUACUACCAUUUUAUAUCCAGAUUACGCUGUUAAAGCAACGGUGCCCCAUAAAAGGCGGAAGACUUGGUGUGCGUCUAUGGUAGCUGAUGUGCUGCAGUGGCCGAGCUGCUUUACUGGAAGAGUCAGUGCACCUUUACCGUUUAGCACAGGGGUGUCCAA